AUGAUGCAGAUGGACAUGGCAUCUUCUCUUGGAUCUACGAGGGAUGGCACGCCAUUUUCGACCACCAACAAACACAUUCCCCUCCUGUGCACAGUUUGCCCAGAGGCCCCUCGAUUCUCAGACGUUUCCCAUCUACUUACACACAUUGCUUCCAAGGGUCAUUUACAUCAUGAAACCCAAACCAAGCUUAAGGCGCAUCAGGAUAUUGCGGCGUCAGUGACGCUGCAGCAGUACGAGCAUUGGUACAAGGAUAAUGGCAUCGAGUCGCUCUUGGUCGAGCGAAUGAGGGCAAAACAGCAGAAAGAAGUAGUCAAAAACAAGCGCUCCAACGGAUCAACCCCGUUGUUAUCCAAAAAGUUCAAACGCAAGCCUAAACGUGCCGCUCGCAAGACAACAGUCAAGGCUGAGCAGGAAGAGUUGCCUCCAGAGUACCCUAUCUUCCCAGGCUUCUUCACUUCGGAUAAUGAGGCCGAGCUGGAAGAGGAGUCGACAAAUGGGGACAUGCUGUCACUCAAAGGUCAAGUCUGGCCCGGCAUGGGCAAGAUGGAUCUUGCCAAUGAGGAUAUGAAACGAACAAGAAACCAGCGGAAGCCCAAAUCAGUAAUCGAUAAGAUGAAGCGAGCAUCAGAAGGAAUAGAACCUACACAAGUCGUCAUGACUCCGGAUUUAGAGGUGGAGCGAAUAAAAGGCGUAUACGACGACAGCUCUUCCCCAAUUCCUGGUCAGGAGGAUGAGUCUCCCAAGAAAGCUCCUCGGCCGAAAAAGAAACGAUCUGAGGCGUUGAGGGAACUAUCGGUCAAUGUACCCCGACGUGCAGUUAAACGAUCUGGUCGUCAAAGCGCAACAGUGAAGAAGCAUGCCCUAGGGGAAAUUGAAAAUGAUGUGGUAACUCCCACAAUAUCGGCUUCGACUUCGUUUCGGCACGGGCAUGACGUUUUUCGCGAUGAUGAUUGUGUUUAUGACGAACGCUUGUUUACAGCACCAGCAUCACGGCAAGAUCAAAGAUUUGAUAUUAGAAGCAGGUUCGGGAUGCAUCUCUACCGUGUCCCAACCUCGUCCAACGUGUCCCCUACACGAGCCUCAAAGGAUGGACCGACUCAUUCGAUGCCAAUGAGAAAUACAGGCCGCCUGAGAAGCCACACCGGCAUGUGCGACAGUUACAGUGGCCAUGGAGAUUUUUCAUCCGUCAACCAUUCCGAUGCAGCCUUUGGUGUGAAUGACGCGUCUGUCUACAACUAUUCCUCUAGGCUUCCUUUUAUGCAACUAGGCAACCUUGGCUCUACGAAUGACAUGUUUCGGUUCGGUUCAAGUCACCAAUAUCUCCAGCCCAAGCAAGAACCACAUCCGAGCGCGGUGCAGAGGGACAGCAUCAACGGAGUGAGCAGUCAUCAGUAUCUUCACAUUUCUGAAUCGAACCCACUCUUUGCCCAGAAUCGAAGCGUUUUUGGGGCGUAUCAUCCAGCAGGCCAUGCUCAAACGAUGCCUUCGUACAGCCUUGAGGCUCAAGGUCAGAUGAACGAUUCAGUGACUGCGGAAUGCAGGCAACCCAGUUUUUCGGAGAACGAAGUCUGGGGAAGUGCCGAACAAUUGGACCUAUGA